UCCAUGCCACUGUCGCUCACUGAAGGAUUCUUGAUAACAUUGUUAUUGUGAUUGAUUUUCACAAAUGCGUUUGGAGAGAUUGGCCUUUCGCCACAUAGGAUUCUGACUCAACAUCUGCAUUCGGAAUUACAAUCAUGAACUUUGCUGUCAGUUUCAUGCAGUUAUUUCUCGCGACGCUCCUCUAUUUGUCCGCUGUUAAGACUGCUCCUCAUAUACCUGGGGAAGGAGGAAAAAGUGGCGUGGUUUCCUUCGUAAAGGUAUACAACAGCAGCUUGUGCCAGCCACGGGAGAUGCUGGUGGACAUCCUGCAGGAGUACCCAGAGGAAAUAGAGUACAUCUUCAUCCCAUCCUGCGUCGUUCUCAUGCGCUGCGGUGGCUGUUGCAACGACGACAUGUAUGAGUGCGUCCCAACAGAGACGUAUAACAUCACCAUGGAGGUAAUGAGAUUCAGACCCAAAGUACAACGGAGCAUUUUCCAGUUGAGUUUUAUAGAACACAGAAGAUGUGAUUGCAGACCAAAGAAAGAAGUAGUGGAAAAAAAAGAAAAAAAACCCAGGAAGGGCAAGGGCAAAGGCCUAAAGAAACAGAGACAGAGAAACCGAGACAGAAAGCAAGUCUCCCACUGUGCGCCUUGCGCAAAGAGAAGAAAGCAGGACCCCCUCACCUGUCAGUGCACCUGCAAAAAUACAGAAUUAGACUGCAAGUCCAGACAGCUUGAGUUAAACGAACGAACUUGCAGAUGUGACAAACCCAGGAGAUGAGAGGAGGACGAACGGAAGUCGAAAUGAAGGAAUUUUCUUGGCACAGCACUUUGAACAUUUUCUUCGAAGAUGCAUUCCUUGGACGGAAUAAGGAACACAAAAAAAAAUGACAAAUUCAUCCAAUGUAUAUUUUUCAGUACAUAUAUACAUAUA